UUCUUUGUUGCAUGCGAACCUGCUCUUAGUGGAUAUACUCAUGCUACGGACUUCUAUCAAGCACUCACUGGAAUAACAUCUGGAUUAAUGCUACCCCUUACGACUGCGAAUCUUUUAUCACAUGCCAUUAUUGGCAGUGUUCUGGAGAACUUGGAUAUGGAGCGUAUCAUUCAAGAAGUCGGUCAAGCCGUCGCCCACCGCAUUCUCGGGGGUAAUGAGAGUGUCGAUGAUGUUGCUAAGGAGCUUCACGAGAAACUCCUGCUCCGGAACGAAAGCACCCAGAAGCUUGUGGUGGAGAAUAUCUAUCGAGAGACACCCGAAGCCAUUCACAACGUCCAAGUGUGGGCCAAUGCACCUACUAUCAAAGAUGCGCGUCCUCAAUUGCAGAAGGUAAAAGGUUCUCGUUUCACGGAGAAGUAUCUGGCUGCUCGCUACGCACCAUCUCGAGUCUCAUACCCAUCCAUCACGAGAUCUCCAAUCAAAUCUGCCUCACCGCCACGAAAAGUUGUAUCGACUUUCGCUACAUUCGAAGCUAAGCCUGCCACCCAUCCAAUGUUCGGUUCCGCCGUCUCAGCACCGACCUUUGGGUCACCAAUGAAAUCUGGGCGUGUUGGUUCUUCUUUUGGUCGAAUGAGAGGAGUGGGAGACUCUGAUGAUGAGGACGAUGAUGAUGGCGCGAAAACUGGUGUAGCGUUCGAUGAUGAUGAUGGAGUGCAAAAAAUUGGAUUAAGCUCCGGGGCAAUCACCUUUGAUCAGGCUCGGAGGAUUGCUUUGCAAAGCGCAUGGCGCGGAACCAGGCAUUUGUAAACACCGGUAUGAACGUCCCAUCGAGUCUCUUAACAGUCAUAUCGUUGCCGCAUUGACACAACAUACCCGUUCUCGUUUCAUGUGAUUGGCACAUUUCAUUCUUCUCUUCUCUGUGGAUGCUCCUUUUUCAAUCAUACCUUGCGUACUGCGUCCACGUAAU